AUCCUAAGGUUAAAACAAAGAAUCCUAAAACAAGAAGAAGAUAAAGUGAAGAACAACAACCCAUGUUCACUUUUUCUUUUGUUUCUCUCUCUACAUUGAACAUAUAGACUUAAGAAAGAAAGGCUCUCUCUUAAAAAUCCUUUUCUUUUUCUCUCUAGCUAGGGUUUGCAGUUCCUUUUGUUCACUUCUUUCACAAUUUUGGUUGAGGCAGUAGGACUGAAAAGAGGAUCAAUUGUUACCCAAGAGAAGAAAGUGGAAAAUAAAGCAAAAUUAAAAAAAUAUAUAUAAUAAGGGGAUGGGUAGAGGAAGAGUGGAGCUGAAGAGGAUAGAGAACAAGAUAAAUAGGCAGGUUACUUUUGCAAAGAGGAGAAAUGGAUUGCUCAAGAAAGCUUAUGAACUCUCUGUGCUUUGUGAAGCUGAGGUUGCUCUUAUUGUUUUCUCUAAUCGUGGCAAGCUUUAUGAAUUCUGCAGCUCCAACAAUAUGCUCAAAACCCUUGAUAGGUACCAAAAGUGCAGCUAUGGUACAUUGGAAGUCAACCGAUCAAUCAAAGACAAUGAGCAAAGCAGCUAUAGGGAAUACUUAAAACUCAAAGCCAAAUAUGAGUCACUGCAGCGAUAUCAAAGACACCUUCUUGGAGAAGACUUGGGGCCUCUGAAUAUAGAUGAUCUUGAUCAUCUUGAAGUUCAGUUAGAUAAUUCCCUCAAACACAUUAGGUCCACCAGGACACAACUGAUGCUUGACCAGCUUACUGAUCUUCAAUCUAAGGAGAAAUUGUGGCUUGAGGCUAAUAAGGUACUUGAAAGAAAGCUGGAAGAAAUAUAUGCUGAAAACAACCUGCAGCAACCAUGGGGAGGUGGUGAGCAAAGUAUCACUUAUGGUCAGCAACAUGCUCAAUCUCAGGGUUUCUUCCAACCUCUAGACUGCAACUCUAUUUUGCAAAUUGGCAGGUACGAUCCAAUAACUACUUCAAGCCAAAUAACAGCAGUAACAAAUGCCCAAAACGUCAAUGGCAUGGUGCCUGGUUGGAUGCUGUGAAUGUCCCCUAAAAAAGCCCAACUUUGACUUAUCUUCAGCAUUGCAUAAAAGCAUAGUAUAUUACUAUAAUAAAGGAAAACUGCAGUUAUCUAUUCGAGGACUGUAAAUUCAUACUUUUUCAGUUUUUCUUUCUUCUAAUAUUUGAGAAGUAUUUCAUACUUUGAAAUACUAAGGUGAAUGUUGUAAACCCAUUUUGAGAGAUACUCGAAGUCUCGAACUAUGUUGCUUUGAAAUGUUUUACUGAUAUCAUAAGGUGGAUGUUGCUGAAUACAUUUCAUUUA